GGGCACCCACAAAUCUAUAAAUAACGCUACAAGAAAGGAAUUGAAGAGUAACUCCAAGUCUGAAUUCCCAUUUCCCUUGGCUUCUAAAUUUGAGAGAAUAUAGUGUCUCACUUCUCACCGGAAAAGAUGGUGCUUAAGGUCUACGGCAUGGUGAUGUCACCGGCAGUGUUGAAAGUUAUUGCCUGUCUCAAAGAGAAGGAGCUCGAUUACGAGUUUGUUGUUGUUGAUUUUCAGGCCGGAGAACUCAAAAAACAACCUUUCCUUAGCCUUAAUCCUUUUGGUAAAAUGCCAGCCUUCCAGGAUGGAGAUUUGACCCUCUUUGAGUCUAGAGCAAUCACUCAAUAUAUUGCACACACAUAUGUUGACCGUGGAAGCCAGUUGGUCCCGAGAGACCAUAAAGAAAUGGCAAUCAUGUCGGUGUGGAUGGAGGUUGAGGCUCACGAAUUUGAUGCGGCAGCGAACAAGCUCAACUACGAGGUCAACGUAAAGCCCAUGUUUGGCAUGGUGACCGAUGAUGCAGCGGCGGCGAAACACGAGGAGGCGCUUGCCAAGGUUCUUGACGUGUACGAGAAACGACUUCAGGUGUCAAAAUGCCUGGCCGGGGACUGCUUCACAUUGGUUGAUCUUCACCAUACACCUCUCAUACACUACCUCAUGGCUUCUAAAUUCAAAGCUCUUUUCGAAGCGCGUCCGCACGUUGAUGCGUGGGUUCGUUAUAUCCUGACAAGGCCUGCUUGGUUAAAGGUUCAGGAGCUGAUGAAGCAGAACUCUAUCCCCGCUUCUUAAUUCAAGCAUAUAUGUGUAUGAGUUACGUCUGAGAACUUCAUCGUUUGUCUUGAGUUUUAGAUGCUUCAUCUGAUUUUUCUCAUUACUAUUUAUGUUGUGUUGUUGUACUUUUGAGGUUUCUCUUAUCUGGGAGUUACGGUUGCAUUUUACUACUAUACAUGCAGUAAUAAUGUUGCGGAAAUUUUAUUUAUAAAAUUGUCCAAUGCCAUGUACUUUGAUCAUAUUAAUUUAUGAGUUACUUGCUCUACGUACUCUUGGUUUCACAAUUCACA